AUGCCUGCAUAUGAUGAUGAUUUGCCCACUGAUGGGGAAGAAGUUCUACUUCGACGAUUAACUGAUAACACCGAACGAGAAGAACGACUUCGUGCAUUGAUUGAAUUCAAAAACUUGAUUCUCGGCUCAAAACGAUGCAAAGCAGCGUUCUUUCGCGUUGGAACAUUAGACAUGCUUUAUAACCUAUUGAAAGAAUAUUCUUUACCCAUUGAUAGCGAUAUUCUCAUUCAAAUCUUUGAUUGUAUCUCGUCAUUUGCCAAAUCAACAAAUAAAAAUUUAAUUCAACGUUUAGUCGAAUUAGGAUUUAUUGAACAAAUUUUACUCGUCUUAGUCGACGAUCAACAAUCAAAACUCUUUUACAAAUCGGCGCUUCGAUGUCUUCGUUCAUUUUUUCUCUCAAAAAAGUUCGCCAAUCCUUAUCUAAGUCCGAUACCAUUUAUACUUCUCUGCGAUCAAAAUAAAUUCGAACCGAAGUCGUCUUCGAUCAUUGUUGACAAAUCUCCUUCAUCUGACAAAUUAUCUCCAGUGGAGAUUCUCUUUUCAAAUUCGCAAUCGCUCGCUAUUCUUCAUCGAUUGUUAUCCAUUUCAAAAUCAACACAAAUCUCAGUACUAGAGAUUCUCUGUUGCGCGUGUGUUGAUAAUCAACGACAGCAGGAGAUUAUGGGCAAAGAUUUCAUACCGAUGAUCAUGCACUUGCUCAUCGAGAAUAUUUUUUAUCACAAACGAAUUCAUCUAGUCACUCUUGCUAAUGAAUAUCUUAUCGAAGUUUGUCUGAAAUUUCUCUGCUCAAUAUCUUAUGAAAAUCCAUCGAUCGCUCAACAACUGUAUUCAACGAUUUCUUCAGAAACCAAUCAAAGUUUAUGCGAAAUUAUCGCGAGUUUACUGAAGAAAAUCAAUCGUUCCAUGAUCAUUUCCUAUUAUGCAUCGAAAUUCUUCGUUAAUCUGUGUAAAACCAAGGUGCUCUCAUGCGAUGACCCAUACGUCUCACAUCAAUCACUUGCAUCAUUGAUUCAUUUAUGUGCAAAAUCCAAUCAAAAUCAAUGUAUUUACUUGUAUGUUGAAUGUCUCGAUACAUUGAUUUAUCUAUUGAAUGGAAAUAGCUCCUUACACCAUACAGCUAUCUACACAGAACAGUUGUUAAGUCAACUGUUCAAUUACUUAUUCACUCCAAGCAAAAUCUUUGGUGAGAAUCUCGAUGAGGCGGCUAUUGUGCAAGUCCGAUCGUCAGCUUUAACACUAUUAGCAGUUCUAUCAUCACAUCAUGAGGAUAUUAAGAAACGAAUUGCAGAACAAGAAAAUUUGAUUACGACAGCAAUUGAAUGUUAUCGUUCGUCAAAUGUAUCAUUACAAAUCGCGUCACUUCGAUUAUUUCAUGGCUUAUCACGUAGUGUUCAUCAACUUCGCACAACAUUCAAUGAUACUAUUUGUGAUAUUUUACUCGAUGCUAUCAAAUCAAGUGAUUUAGCUCUAGUUAAGAUCGUCUCAUCGGUUGUUAGUAAUAGUGUUUUGGAAUUUUCCAUUUGUCGCACAAGAUUACUGUCUGGUGGUAUUCUUGAUAUACUUUUGACAUUUCUCACACAUUCAGAUCAGGAAUUAUCAAUCAAUAGUAUUUGGGCUCUACGAAAUCUUUCAUAUUUAUCAACACUUAAAAUCAAGCAAGAUAUUCUCAAUGGUUUAACAAUCGAACGGAUCUACUCACUCCUUGAACAAUGUACAGAUAAACAAUUUCUCAUCUGCUUAUUAUCAUUGUUACGGAAUCUUUUCAAUGAAAAAGACACAGAAAUCUUAUUGCCAAUGUUCAAUUCCACGAAACUAUUAUCAACUUUAGAACGAUUGCUUAAGAAGAAUUACCCAGGAGAAAUUCAUCGAGAAGUUAAUCUUCUAAUCGAUCAUUUACAUUCAAGCAAUCAUCCAACUCAAAAACGUUUAUCAGCUGAUUCGGCCAAUUCGUCGUGUCGUUCAUCACUCUUUCCUGAAUAUGACUGUGAUGAAAUGGAUCAGUUGGACUGUUCAUAAGCAUCGUUCAUUAGCCUCGAUUGUGCCUUGUAUUCCAUUUUGUUGAAUAUUUCCUCAUUGCAUCACAGUAUUGUAAGGUCGUGUAUAGUUUUCUUGCAACAACCUAAUUCAAUGGAACAACCCGAGUCGAACCCAACUUUUUGUACUAACAAUUGCGGAUUUUAUGGUUCGUCGCAGUUCGAAGGAAUGUGUUCAAAAUGUUUUCGCGAACAGGUUAAUCGCUCAUACAGCACUGGCCGUACGAAUUCAUGUACCAGUUUCUACUCAUCUUCCAAUCUUUCUGUGACUUCUCCUAAUAUUCUCGAAGAUGAAGUUGGCACAGAUAGUGUAAUUAGCCCCAUUGAAAAUGAUAACAGUAAAGAAGAAUUAAAACAAGAAAAUCUUACUAGUCCUCUUCUCCAUGUCGCAUCCGCGCCAACUAUAUCAACUACUUUCGAUUCGCCUACAAAAAAUGACACAGAUAUUGUCGAAAGUAGUUCACUAAGCGCUUCUCCUCUAAAUUCAUCAAAUGUAGAAAAGAAAAAACGUAAUCGAUGCACUUGGGAAAGUUGUAACAAGAAACUCGGUUUAACUGGUUUUGAUUGUCGGUGCGGUGGUCAAUUCUGCUCGUUACACCGCUACGCUAAUGAACACAAUUGUACAUUUGAUUACAAAGAACACGGACAAAAUGAAAUACGUAAAAACAUGCCUGUUGUUCAAGCUGAACGUAUGGCGGGAUUUGAUGAUGUGGGAGUGUUUUUUUCCGAUAAUUUCGGUGCGGAUAAUAAUAACGAAUUCGAUAAUGAAAAUGAUCUUAAUCGAGCAUCGAUUAAGAAGAAAUUUAAGAUGUUCAUCAGAGAAUUUCACAUUAAUAAUCUUUUCAUCUAUCGGGAAAUGUUACGACGAAAUUAUAAUAGUCGAAGAUAUUGGAUCGAUAUCGAAUUAAGACAUUUAAGUGAUUAUGAUGACAAUCUUUGUGAUCAUUUGAAAAAACAGCCGGCUGAACUUUUACCAUUAUUCGAAGAAGCAGCCAAGGAAGUAGCUGAUGAAAUCACACGUCCCCGUCCGGAUGAUGAUGUCGAUAUGCAUGAUAUUCAAAUUAUGUUGAUGAACGAUGCUCAUCCAUUACAUCUUCGACAUUUAAAAUCGGAAUACGUCUCAAAACUGGUGAAAACAGUUGGUAUUGUCAUUGCUGCUAGCAGUGUACGAACAAAGGCAUCACAUAUUGCUGUGCAAUGUCGAUCAUGUCGGAAUGUUAUUUCGAAUAUCAAAGUAAAACCUGGUUUGGAAGGUUAUGCUAUGCCGAGAAAAUGCAACAGCGUAACUCAACCUGGUCAACCGCCAUGUCCACUUGAUCCAUACUUUGUCAUGCCUGAUAAAUGUCAAUGUAUCGACUUUCAAAUUCUUAAAUUACAAGAAGCACCUGAAUUCGUACCGCAUGGUGAAAUGCCCAAGCACAUUCAACUUUACUGUGAUCGUAACCUUGUCGAUCGUGCUAUGCCUGGUAAUAAAAUAACACUUGUUGGCAUUUAUUGUAUCAAACGAAAUGUCGCCAUGGGCAAAACGAAUGGAAAAGAAAAGUCAAGUGUUGGCACUCGUCAACCGUAUGUUCGAGUUCUUGGUAUUCGUAUCGAUACCGAUGGUGUUGGUCGUUCAUCAGCUCAAACUCUGACUACAGCUGAAGAAGAGGAAUUCGUGCGAUUUUCUCAUUCGUCUGAUGUUUACGAGACUAUUGCAAAUAGUAUCGCACCAUCGAUCUAUGGCGCAAGUGAUGUGAAGAAAGCUGUCGCUUGUUUAUUGUUUGGUGGUUCACGAAAACGUUUACCGGAUGGCUUAUUUCGUCGUGGUGAUGUGAACGUUCUGUUAGUUGGCGAUCCUGGUACUGCUAAGUCUCAAUUGUUAAAAUUUGCUGAAAAAGUCUCGCCAACUGGCGUCUAUACCAGUGGCAAAGGCAGUAGUGCAGCUGGUCUUACAGCUAGUGUCAUUCGUGAUCCAAGCUCGAAAAAUUUUGUUAUCGAAGGCGGUGCAAUGGUUUUAGCUGAUGGAGGCGUUGUCUGUAUUGAUGAGUUUGAUAAAAUGCGUGAAGAUGAUCGUGUUGCUAUUCACGAAGCUAUGGAACAACAAACGAUCUCCAUUGCUAAAGCUGGUAUCACGACAACGUUGAACUCUCGUUGUAGUAUUUUGGCAGCGGCCAACUCCAUCUACGGCCGAUGGGAUGAUUUGAAAGGCGAUGACAAUUUGGAUUUUAUGCCAACUAUUCUUUCGCGUUUCGACAUGAUUUUUAUCAUCAAAGAUGAACACGAUGAAAAACGUGAUACAACGUUAGCUAAGCAUGUUCUGAAAAUUCAUAUGAAUACUUUGAAUACGGAUGAUACCGGUGGUGAUAUGAGCAUUCAAAAGUUGAAAAAAUACAUUGCUUACUGUCGAAGCAAAUGUGGGCCACGUUUAUCGGAAACUGCAUCGGAAAAAUUACGAAAUCAAUACGUUGUUAUGCGCAAUGGUACGAGCAUUUAUGAACGCGAAGUUGGUAAGAAAACAGCAAUUCCAAUAACGGUCCGACAACUCGAAGCAUUGGUUCGUAUCGCUGAAAGUUUGGCUAAAAUGCGUUUGGCUCCCUUCGCCAAUGAAACCGAUGUUGAUGAAGCACUUCGAUUAUUUCACGUUUCGACUCUCUCAUCGGCAGGAUCAGGAAAUCUAGCUGGCAUCGAAGGUUUCACAACACGAGAAGAUCAAGAAGAAAUUGCUCGUGUUGAAAAACAAAUUCGACGUCGCUUUGUUGUUGGUUCUCAGGUAUCCGAACAUGCUAUCGUUCAAGAUUUCAUUCGACAAAACUAUUCUGAACGCACUAUCUACAAAGUUCUCCAUGCAAUGGUACGCCGUGGCGAUGUACAAUAUCGUAUGCAACGUAAAGUUCUCAUUCGGGUCAGAUAA